AUGGCUAAAAAUGUGACGAACUUUCGCGGUGAAAUCUAUUUCACGCCGAAUGGGAAAUUACACAUCAAGGACGAACCUGAAACUCCUAUUGAAAACGACUUUGGCGAACACAAUAACCUGGAUUACUUUUACGAACAUGGAUUCGACAAUAUGAGAAAAUCUAUGUCUAUGAAUGACAUUGCUGCUCUUCGAGAAGAUCUUGUGAAGUUAGAGUUCCACGAUAAAGAAGAUAUGUAUCAUAGACAUCGUAAACCUUCGGGUGCACCACAUGAGUUAUCAAGAACUAAGUUUGUGUCAAUGGCUGAAGCCAUUUACCAUUAUCAGAGAGAUACGCCAGGUCGUUUUCAUUCGAAGCGACCGCAAAUAUUCCGUUCUCAAAGACCUACUGGACCAUCGGGUCUCACUGUACCUCAAUCGCCUAUGCUUCGAUCAAAAACCCGCUCAAGACCAACACAUAUCAUGUCACAACAAGAAAGAGAAGAAAUGGAACUUGAAGAAAUAAGAAAGCACAAAAUAAAAGCAAAUCCUAUUCCUAAGUCUGUUAUAGAAGGAACUAAAAACCUUCCUGAAGUUUUAAAGAAGCCUAUUACAGUACCUGAGCCUUUCAAGUUAACUGAAAUACAAAAGAAGGCUGCUCAAUCUACUGAUGACAUUCCACAAUUCAAGGCGCGACCAGCUCCUAAACACAUAUUAGAGAAACCACAGGUACCAGUGAAACUUCCAGUACAUGUGACCAAGCCUGUGAGUCCCAAAUUCCGCUACAAAAGAGCAAAUUCUGCUGACCAACUAAGAAAUGAUAACAUGCUUCUAAUGAAAUCUCACCAAAAAUGUGAAGAAAAGCAUCAUCCUAGAACAGGCCCAGUAAGGCCUGAGCCAUUUUCAUUUGAAAAAAGGGAUGAAGAACUGAGGCGUCGCAGAGAAGAAAGAAUCAAGCGUCAAAUUGAGGAAGAACGAAAACAAGCUUCUUUAUUUAAAGCACAACCAGUUCCUGGAGCUGUCAAAAAGAGGAUGCAGUGCUCUGCACCCAAGGGCAGCUCAUCCACCACUUCUUCAGAAAACAAAGAGAAUAAUGUUAAGUUUGAAGCUAAGUUACCGGUUGUACUGUACAAGGAACCAUUCAAGCCUGUCCUUCAACCAGUGCAACUAAAAAAACCUGCGCCCUUUGAGCUUACUACUGAGAAGCGUGCUGCUGAAAGAGAAAAGUUUGAGAAGCAAUUAAAAGAAAAGGAGGAAGAACAGGAAAGAAUGAGACAAAUGAAGGAAAAAGAACAACAAGAAGCUGAGGAAAGAGCAAGGGCGGAGUUAAGGGCCAAGUUAAUUCAUCAUCCAAAGCCUGCCCCUAAAACAGGAAUCGUACCAUUUGUUCCAGAAAAAUCUGUUGCGCCACUCACUGUGCCAGAGACACCCAAGUUUGUGAGGCGCCUCAAACAACACUAA